AAGGUAAUGUACUCUUAAUUGAUUACUACUACACAUUCAUUAUCAUCAAAAAUCAUCAUUCAUAUGGCACAAGCAACGCCACGUCUUUGCGCAUAAGGGUUUUAAAUUACCAAGCAAGUACUAGUGGCUAUAUAUUUCUUUUAGUGUUUUUUAUAAGGAAAAGUGUCCGGUGCAACUACAAACCACAUAUGUUUCUCUCAAACAACAGUAGUAUUAGUAGUACUAGCAGUAGUAGGAACAACAUUAGUUGUGGUUAUAGCUGUUGUGGUUAUAACAAUGAUCAUCAACAUCAACCUUUGUUUGAUAGACCACUUUAUGUAUGCCCUAACAAUAAUAACCACAUCAACAACAACUUCAGACAAUCUCACCACCAUCAACCUCCUCCCCCUUCAGCUUCUUCACCUCCUAAGCAGUCUCAGUCUCUAACUUUCUAUCCUUUCUCUCCCACUUAUUUUGAUCAAAAUAGUGAAGAAAACGACAUUGAAAUCUUAGAGCAGCCAUACCACCAUCAAGAGAUUCAUUUCAAUCAUCACUGCUUGAACCCUCAACAGCAACAGCAACAAGAACAGCCCUUGUUAUUUUCUUCUUCUUCUACAACUACUGCUGCUGCUAACCUUCACACUACUACAGCAACAUUACUUGAAGGUGGUCCUAACAGCACAUUGGGUGUUGCAAACAAAGAUAACAUCACCAACAUAAUCAACAAAGAUAAUGUUGACUGGGGUGGAAGCGGAGAUUUUAACAAGAUGAACAAGAAAUGUUCUACUAAUUUGAAGAUGAAUGAGAAAAAACUAGUCAGCGCUACUUGGAACAAUAGUAAGAUGUGUUCGUCAUCGUCAAAGAAAGAUCGUCACAGCAAGAUUGUCACUGCUCAAGGUCCGAGGGAUAGGCGAAUGAGAUUGUCCCUCAAAGUUGCUCGUCCUUUCUUUGCAAUCCAAGACAUGCUUGGAUUUGAUAAAGCUAGCAAAACAGUCGAAUGGCUUUUGACAAACUGCAAGGAAGAGAUCAAUGAGCUUAAAAGAAGUCUAAGAAUUUCUGAUGAGGAUGAUACUGUGAUGACGGCUGCUACCAAUAAGCGCAGUAGUUGUAGUAGGGGUGGUAAGAAUGUAUCAUCUGCAUCAGACUGUGAAGUAGUAUCUGAGAUUGAUGUCUCCAACAAUUCAUCAAGUAACAACCUUAGGAAAGAGAAAAGGGUUCGACCAUUGCGGAAGCCUACUUUCCAUCCACAAAGAAAAGAGUCCAGAGCAAUGGCAAGAGCUAGAGCAAGGGAAAGAACUAUGGGAAAGAAUUGGAGUAAAUCUGUGAUGCCCGCAUCCACAAGCAAUAACAAUUACUUGUACAACCAUAAUAAUCUGACGAUGAACCAGGAUAUGAAGUCUUCACUGGAUGUGGUAGCUGAAGCUGAAGAACCCAUUUCUCACUCUCCCUCGCUGGAGGAAUCUAUUGUGAUCACUGGCAACUCUAGCUCGCCUGCUCAGAUUUUCAACUAUCAUCACCAUGAUCUGGUUAACUGGGACAUCGAUAACACAAACGAGAUUUCUAGCUUUUGUGCUACGUCUGCAAACAUUCAUCUCUCGACUGCAGAUUUUCAUAACUUCGACAAGCCGUGGUAAACCUACAACAAUGAAAGUUCAUGAAGAUAAGAGGCUCAUGCAUGAUGAUGAUGUUGCUUUAAGCCCUUAACAAUGUCAGUCCGUCUCAGGUUUAUCUGCGCAAUAAGAAUGUAAGUUGUGUUCCUAUUUGCUUGAAUCAUGUAAAUCUCCCUAAGUAUUCGAUUCUAUGUGUUUUCAGUUGUUCCAAAAUUGUUAGUGGUGACAUAUGUUGUAAUGCAUAUCCUCAUUAAUGAAACAAAUAUUGGAAAAACCUGGUGUACAUAUAUCCUUUAUAACAAAGAACAAUCAGUUCAGUGAUCAAUUAGUUAGAUACUUAAAUA